AUGACUGCCUUUACUUAUACGAACAAGGAUGUCCACCGCGUACCAGUGUUACCUCUUGCACUUCAUCCCGAGCAGGGGGGACCAAAGAACCUCCCAAUUGUAAGAGCACUCGUGGAUGACGUAGAGGAUGAUGAAGCAAAGAAACUUUUGGAUAAACCAAAGUUGGUGAUUGUAGGAGGAGGCUGGGGGGCUAUUUCUGUCCUGCAAACACUAUCUCCCGGUGACUGGCACGUGACCGUCGUGUCACCAGAAACCUUUACCACAUUUACUCCGCUUUUACCUUCGGCCGCAGUUGGUACAGUCCAAGUCCGUAGUUUGGUCGAGCCCCUACGCAAGAUCGUAGCACGGCUUCGCGGCCACUUCGUAGACGCCAAGGCCGUUGACCUCGUGAUGUCUGAGCGGUUACUGGAACUUGAAACACUGACUUCGACUGGUAAACCCCAAAAUGUUUAUCUUCCCUAUGAUAAAGUAAUCAUUGCAUGCGGGUCAACUUCCAGUACGCAUGGCAUCCAAGGUCUAGAACACUGUUUCCAACUCAAGACCAUAUCGGAUGCGCAAGCCAUCCGACGACGAAUCCUUGAUAACUUCGAAACGGCCAGUCUUCCUAUCACAACUCCUGAAGAACGCAAGCGUUUGUUGUCAUUUGUUGUUUGUGGAGGUGGCCCCACAGGCGUAGAGACGGCAGCCGAAAUCUACGAUUUCUGUCAAGAAGACAUCGUAAAUUACUACCCCAAGAUAUGCCGCGAGGAAGUUUCGAUCCAUGUAAUCCAGUCGCGCGAGCAUAUUCUCAACACGUAUUCAGAGGCCAUUUCAAAGUAUGCCGAGGAAAAGUUUCGUCGUGAUAACGUCGACCUAGUCACUUCUGCUAGGGUCAGUGCCGUCCACCCUGAUCACGUCGUGUACACUGUGCGGGCUCCGGAUGGAUCGAUUACUACUCAUGAGAUCCCGACAAAUUUUGUCCUGUGGUCAACUGGCAUUGCAAUGAACCCCUUUACGCGUCGUGUCUCUGCCUUAUUGCCCAAUCAAGUGCACAAGAAAGCGAUCGAAGUCGAUGCUCAUCUUCGUGUAAAAGGUGCGCCGUUGGGCAAUGUGUAUGCCAUUGGAGAUUGUGCAACCAUUGAGACGUCCAUCGUGAGCCACCUGCUGGAGUUGGUUGAUGAGGCCGACAAGAACAAAGAUGGCAAGAUCGACUUUGAUGAAUUUGAUUUCAUGGUAGUUGCAAGGAUCAAACAUCGGAUUCCCAUGGCUGAGUCGCAGUUGCGGAAGGUCCGAACUUUGUUCGAUUUGUAUGACUCAGAUGCAGACAACAGUCUUUCUUUAAACGAACUGUGCAAAUUGUUGGAAGAGAUUGGAAAUAAGAUAACAGCGCUUCCUGCCACUGCUCAAGUGGCUUCUCAGCAAGGAAAAUAUCUUGGCAAGAAGCUAAAUCAGUUAGCGAAGAAACGAGAAGUCCUCGAGGCGAACGGCAUACAGGAUCUAGACGAAGCUGUAUCCAAGCCAUUCCGCUAUACUCAUCUCGGCAGUCUCGCGUAUAUUGGCAAUGCGGCAGUCUUCGAUUUGGGCAACCUGUCAUUCAUGGGUGGCCUCGCUGCCAUGUACGCGUGGCGAAGCGUUUACUGGAGCGAGCAGGUUUCGGCCAGGACACGGUUUCUUUUAAUGAUAGACUGGAUCAUUCGUGGCGUAUGGGGUCGGGACUUGUCCAGGCUUUAA